CGUCAACCCCACCAGCCCCCACCCCCCUCCAAUUCCAGCCGGAGCGGAGUGGCCGGGCGCCAUGGCAGCGGCACGCGGCGGCGGAUCGGCGGCGAGGGUCGGCGACUGGGACGUCGAGCUCGGGCCCGGCUGGGACUGGCGCUCCAUCCCGCAGCUGCUCUCCUCCGCCUGCAUCUUCAUCUGCUCCGGAGGCUGUUUUGGAUGCUGUGAGAAGGCCGCAAAACACGUAGGCGAUCUUUCCAAGAGCUUAAUGGCCCAUGCCCAGAAUCCCACGGUGGCAGAGGAAUUUUGGAGUACGACCACCAUCGAGGUUGAUCCGGCAGACCUACGAGCACCAUACAACACAUCCUCUUGGGACCUUGAUAUGCAUGGAGUGGGAAGCAGCCAUAACCUGGGCGACUCUGCUAAUCAUGGUUUUUCUCUUUGGCAACAAACUAGGGAUGAGUGGACUGAGAAUACAAGGUUAAGGCAAGAACCUGUGGUGAAGCAGAUCCAGGAACCAGUGUUGAGUUGGAAUGCAGCGUAUGAAAGUUUGCUUGGAUCAAAUAAACCAUUCCCUCAGCCCAUCCCUCUACAUGAGAUGGUUGAUUUCCUCGUGGACAUCUGGGAGCAAGAGGGACUGUAUGACUAGCACAGAUGUGUUCCGCGAGAAUAACAUAGCUGUAGGUCUGAUGUGGUAACGAGGGUGUGGCCUGUCAUACUGGUUUUUUUGUGCAUGGAGGCCUGUUGUGCUUGUUGAAUACAAUCCUGUGGGCUGUGGCGGUUGUAUUGGUAGAAAGAACGGUCCAUAUUUAAUCACCUUGUCGAAUUUGUCAAAGAAAGCAGCUGGAGAGAAAGAUGUGUGACAGCGAUUUGUGAACAUAAAUGUCAUCUGUAUUGAUUUGAGAAAUGAGAAGAAGAAAUUAGCUUUUAA